CCCCGAAUCAGCCUCCGCGUGAUGGCAGUAUGAGGCAGUCCCUGCAAGCCAGAGCGUGGGAGUUCCUGUCUUCGCCAUGUCGGGGUGGUGCUGCAACGCGCUGAGGAUACCCUGAACCGAGCAGAAGUCUCCCAGCCCCCCUCCUGCUGCUCCAUCCAUCCAUCUAUCUGUCUACCCAUCCGCCCCCACACGGCACCAGGCAGAGUCCAGCAUCUCCAGCAUAACAGUUUCCCCGGAUCAGCUGCGACACAUCUUCCCCCCUGACCGACGGUGGACGGAGGAGAGACGCACCAAGUGAUGCGGCUUCUGCAGCCCGCGCAUCCCGCAGCACCGAAGACCGCACUCUCACCCGUUAGGAGUAGGCGCACUUUCCCCGUUAUCUACAACAACCCAUGAGAAUGUCCAGCGCAGACAUCAUGGGUUUAAACCCUACCGACCGCGUAAUCAAAUCUGAAAGUGUUGCUGCUUCUGACAGGAUGAAAAAUGCGGUGCCGUUUCCGCUGAGCCACAGGUUAAGCAUGCGAGAGGUGUUCGACUGUGAGGGGAAACCGCGUGUGGACCUGCUGAAAGCUCACCUCACUAAAGAGGGCCGCGUGGAGGAGCCCGUCGCCCUGCGCAUCAUCAAUGAGGGAGCCGCCAUCCUCCGCCAGGAGAAGACCAUGCUGGACAUAGAGGCCCCUGUCACAGUGUGCGGGGAUAUUCACGGGCAGUUCUUCGACCUGAUGAAGCUAUUUGAGGUUGGCGGGUCUCCUGCGACAACGAGGUACCUGUUUCUAGGGGACUAUGUGGACCGAGGGUACUUCAGUAUUGAGUGUGUCCUUUACCUCUGGUCGCUGAAAAUCCUCUACCCAAAGACGCUGUUUCUGCUGCGGGGAAACCAUGAAUGUAGACAUUUGACUGAAUAUUUCACUUUCAAACAAGAAUGUAAAAUCAAGUACUCGGAGCAGGUGUACGACGCGUGCAUGGAUGCGUUCGACUGUCUGCCUCUGGCUGCUCUGAUGAAUCAGCAGUUUUUGUGUGUUCAUGGCGGCCUGUCUCCAGAGAUACACACGUUAGAUGACAUUAAGAGGCUGGACAGGUUCAAGGAACCGCCAGCGUUUGGCCCCAUGUGCGAUCUUCUGUGGUCCGACCCGCUGGAGGACUUCGGCAAUGAAAAGAGUCAAGAUUACUUCAGCCACAACACUGUCCGCGGAUGCUCCUACUUCUACAGCUAUCCUGCAGUGUGUGAGUUUUUACAGACCAACAACUUACUGUCUGUCAUCAGGGCACAUGAGGCACAGGACGCAGGUUACCGUAUGUACAGGAAGAGUCAGACUACAGGUUUCCCUUCUCUCAUCACCAUCUUUUCCGCUCCAAACUACCUGGACGUUUACAACAACAAAGCGGCUGUGCUUAAAUACGAGAACAACGUAAUGAACAUACGACAGUUCAACUGCUCACCACAUCCGUACUGGCUGCCCAACUUCAUGGACGUCUUCACCUGGUCUCUUCCGUUCGUUGGAGAGAAAGUGACAGAAAUGUUGGUGAAUGUUCUCAGUAUCUGCUCUGAUGAUGAGCUUAUGAACGAUGGAGAUGAGAUCUUUGAUGCUAAUGCUGCGGCUGCACGUAAAGAGGUCAUCAGAAACAAGAUCCGUGCCAUCGGCAAAAUGGCCAAAAUGUUCUCAGUCCUGCGAGAGGAGAGUGAGAAUGUGUUAACCCUGAAAGGUCUGACCCCCACCGGCAUGCUGCCGAGCGGCGUACUGUCUGGAGGAAAACAGACCUUGCAGAGCGCUACCAUCGAGGCCAUUGAAGCCGUCGAGACAGAUAAGGAUGGAGAAGCCAUCCGUGGCUUUUCUCCACAGCACAAGAUCACCAGUUUCGAGGAGGCGAAGGGUCUGGACCGCAUCAACGAGCGCAUGCCGCCUCGCCGAGACGUGGUCAACAGCGUGGGGCUGUCGAUGGGCAAGAUGAACAUGGCCGAAUCCAACGGCACGGACGACAACAGCAAUAUCCAGUGAUUCAUCUCCUCCUCCUCCUCCGCCUCCGCCUCCUCCUCCUCCCGUCCCUCGCUCGCCCCUGCUCCUCCUCCUCUUCCUCCUCCUCUUCCCAUAAUGCAAUUCUCCCCUCUCCCCUCAUUUUCACUGCUACCGUCUAUGUAGCAGAUGGAUUAUGUGAUAUAUUUAGACAGAACUCCCUGCUUGACGUUCAACGGCCUCAACAACAAACGACGAGACGGGCCGCGCGAAGAUGAUCAUGCGUGAGAGUUGCAUGAUGGGAUAUGUAGUUUUAUGGAUAUGGGGCUAUGUAAUGGAAUCACGAACACGGAGUGCAUUUCCUGUUCCUUUGUCCGAAGAGAUGUUUAUUUAUGCGUGUUUGCACUUUGCGUGCGUGUCUGUGUGCGUGUGUGGGCGACAUGUGAUAUAUAAUUAAUAUAUGAUGAUGAUAAGUAGGUUUUCACAAACGCUUACCUUUUUUCUUUUUCUUGGCCUGCUGUGAAACAUAAAACACGAGGCUGACGCUCUAUUUAUUCGAAAGCGUCGGAGCGCACGUUUGCGCGAGAAGCUUAUAACCGUUUACGUUCACACUUCUAUGUUUUGCUACUAGUAAUCACUAUAUCUAUGGAAUAACUAAUAUUACACAGAAUAACUUCACACGAUUAAUCUGCAAAUAACGGAGAGGUUUGGAGUCGCCGUAACGCCCCUCAUGCUGUGUGCUCGUUGUGUUGUGUAAAUCCGCCGUUGUCACGUCGUGCUGCGGUUGCUAUGGCAGUCUGACACUUUCCCGCCUCCUCUGGCGCUCCGGAGCAGAGCGACGGGGGGAAGCGUUCAGUCAGCUGUGUGUGUGUGCGGAUGUGUGUGAGAAACAGGGGUGUGAUUUGAUCGGAGGGAUUGCGGCGGGCUGUUAUGGGUGGUUUCAAACAGGUCCUUGUCCUGUGUCUGUGCACUAGACAGAAUGGAUUUCCAGCCACGCAUAAUUCAUGGGAGUUUAUUUUGUAUAUAAAUGGCGUAUAUUUUUAAGGACCGUUUUGUUAUGGCUUAUUUUCAUGUUCUUUUAUUUUGUAUUCGAGCUAUUUAUUAUUUAUUUAUUGUUUGUUUGUCUGUUUUUUUGUUUGUUUACAUUGCUGUACAGUUAAUUAAGCUCCGACGAGGUGUUAAACCUUUUGCGUUUCUUUAUCGAUGUACAGAAGUUAUCCAGUAGUGUGAAGGAACAUAUAAUUCUGUGAAAAGACAUCCGGGCUGCCAAAGCAUGACUGCAUGGUUAUUUCAAAUGUAAAUCGAAUAUGGACACACCUUAACGUGUCUCACAUUUUUAAGGAGAAGUAUAUUCUGAUCAUUAUUCUAAACAACUUACUUAUGAUUAUUAUGAUUAUGAUUAUUAUUAAGAGUUCUGCUGGUUUAUUCCACUUUGCCUCAUCCUUGUUUCGGUUGCUCAUUGUGCUUUACUUUAUGAAUAAUGAAAACGUUCAUGAGUUAUUUGUGAUUCUAUAUCUUGUAUUUUUCUCUGGAGCUUCAUUCUGAGCAUCAUGAUUUCCUGACCUACAGUACGGACAGUGUGAGCAUGCCCUAUGGGACAAAUCUCUUUUUUUACUCUUGAAUAAAAUAUGCAUGAACCUUU